AUGGCAAGUCUAGCUGAUUAUCUUCCUCCCACUCUUAGCAAUGAUACUAUACGCGCCUUUGCCCUCUCCCAGCGUCUCCCGAAUCCCAUUUCCAUCCAAUCCCUGAAUGUCACGGCUGAGUACCACUCCAUCUAUGUGCUGUUUUUCAAUCCCGACGACGCAAAGGCCAUCUCGCCUAAUCUGCGCCCUAUCUCCCCUAAAGGCCCUGUUGAUUUAACGGAAAAUGAAGUGGCUGUGAUGAACUGGCUGCGGAAGAAUACGACCGUUCCUGUUCCAGAGGUGAUUCGGUUCGAUGUCACUUCUAACAACGUGUUGCAGCAUGAGUUUACUGUUCUAGAGCGCGUUCGUGGCACGGCUCUGCACGAAAUCUACGGUCGUCUCUCGCAGGAGCAGCUGGAACAGAUUGUCGAUCAGAUCAUUGAUAUUGUGGAGCAGCUGCAUCAUCGCUCCUGGGACGGAGUCUCGGGGCUCACCAUAGCCCCAGGAUCUGGUGAGGUUAUUCCAGGUCGCAUUCUUGAAGAGACCUACUGGCAGGCACCGGAUAUUGCCAAGCAUUUCCCGUCUGAAUCGGUUGAAACCUUCAACAUCCACGGCCCGUACGAGUCCUAUACCGCAUACAUCACAGCUUUGAUUCGUGUCUAUCAGCAUGCGAUCCGCUUGCACUCCUCCCUCGAGCCGUACAGGGACCUUUUACCCCGCCUGGACGCCUUGGUGAACACAUUAGCCCGUCAUCCAAAGCUAAACUAUACCCGCUACGUCCUAGCCCAUAAGGAUCUCCACAUGGCCAACAUCAUGUACGACGAAUACAGCGAACGCAUAACCGGCAUCCUCGACUGGGAGUUCUCCGGUAUCGUCCCUAUCCAGCGGUGGGAUCCUUCUCGGGCGUUCCUGUGGAACGGGCAGCGCAACGCGCGCGCCGUGGCGGAGCAGAAGCGGAUACGAGCGAUCUUCCAAAAGCGAUGCCGGGCUCGGGGGGUGGGUCAGUUGCUGCUUGAUGAGCCAGGUUAUACUUCUUCGCUGCAGGAGACUAUGCAGAAUGGGAUUUCGUAUUUGCGGGCGAUUAUCGAGGUUUGUCCUUGGGGGCAGAGACAAGAUGAAGUUGGGUUGUGGCGGACUGAGGUGGAGGACUGUCUGGAAGCGUUUGGUGUCUAG